AUCACCGUUCAUUUUCACGUACCUCGCGACUCCCCGGGAAAUUUCGUUCCGUUCUCACGCCCGAGCGCGGCCGACCCGAAGGGAUUCAAUUUCCAAGAGCUUCGUACGAGGACGCAACCCGGCAGAGCCGCGAGAAACGAUUCUCGACCUGGGUGAAUCUCUCGAGUCGUCGGCGGUCGCUACGGCGCCAUUAAACGAGGUGAAAACUCGAAAUCCUCGUGGCGAGGGCCGCGUCAGUUCUUUCUUUUACGCGAUUCUCACCGGCUAUUUCAUCCAACGCUCACGGCAUAGUUAGAAUCCAGGAUAUCCGACUGUGCUCCAGUUUCGCAGCGUUUCCUGGGGCUCCGCGUAGCGAAGUUUAUCACCUGGCGUGAAUCAAUCGUUUCGAAAUUUUAUUGCGGACUCACAGACUACGAGACCCCGGCUCAACCAUGACGCAGGAACCGGAGAUGCCCACGUUCAAGUGCGUUCUCGUUGGAGAUGGUGGCACUGGCAAGACUACAUUCGUCAAACGUCACUUGACCGGUGAAUUCGAAAAGAAGUAUGUUGCCACUCUGGGAGUCGAAGUACAUCCCCUCAUCUUCCAUACCAACCGAGGGCCCAUUCGAUUCAACGUGUGGGACACUGCUGGUCAGGAGAAAUUCGGUGGUCUACGAGAUGGCUAUUACAUUCAGGGACAGUGCGCUGUCAUCAUGUUCGAUGUUACGUCGCGUGUGACGUACAAGAACGUACCCAACUGGCACAGGGAUCUCGUCAGGGUUUGCGAAAAUAUACCCAUUGUACUCUGUGGGAACAAGGUCGAUAUCAAGGACAGGAAAGUUAAGGCGAAGAGCAUCGUCUUUCACAGGAAGAAGAACCUUCAGUACUACGACAUCAGUGCAAAAAGUAACUACAACUUCGAAAAGCCAUUCUUGUGGCUGGCACGCAAACUUAUUGGAGACCCGAAUCUGGAGUUCGUGGCAAUGCCAGCCCUUCUACCGCCAGAGGUAUCCAUGGACCCUCAGUGGCAACAACAAAUCGAGAAGGACCUUAAGGAAGCCCAGGAAACGGCGUUGCCAGAAGAUGACGAGGAUCUCUAGUUCAUUCGUUGCAAAUACAGGCCAUACCAAGGCGAGGCCUAUGCGAGUGCUCCACGUCUGCUACGUGUUUGCACCUUCAACGGUCGAAGAUUCUCCCCCUGACGAAAGUGGUAUACUCGCGCAAGUUCCUUGGUCCGAUCGCCGAAAGUUC